AUGGAGGCUUCGGAUCGUUUGAAAGAAAUAUUCCAGGAUAAUAAAAAAUCCCAUGUCGUUACCCUUGAACAUGAGUUUUCAAACACUCAAAUGGAGGACUUCCCUAAUGCAUCGGCAUAUUGUCAACGGCUCAAGAGCCUUUCCGACCAGCUGAAAAACGUUAGGGCUCCGAUAGAUAACAACCGCCUUGUCCUUCAACUUGUUUCUGGCCUCACGGAAGCAUAUUCCGGGGUUGCAACCUUGAUUCGGAAAAGAAAUCCUCUCCCUCAAUUCUAUCAAGCCCGUUUGAUGUUAACAUUGGAGGAAGCGGGUUUGGCCAAACGGACAUCGACGUCCUCGGCUUCGGCCAUGGUGGCGAGUUCACGUGAACCGGACUUGGGUGCUGAAGGUUCGGGUCAUGCUCGUGGAAGGGGGAAAAAUCACAAAAAAAAAAUUAGCAAGAAGAACAGCCAGGGUGGUGGUCGUGGUGUCGGCGCCGGUGGUGGUCAUAAUUCCGGCGGGGCAGGUGGCGCAGGCCGCGGCGGCACAGGAUAG